AUGACUGUUCAAACUCAAAGCAACGGCGCCAAUGGCAUCCACAAUUCUGCCUUGCCUCUGGUUCAAACUUUAUCAAAGGAACAUGAUCUAGUACUGAGGACCUUUCGAUUGCUGAUUGCAGACCUUUGCCAGCAAUUUAAUGGUGGACAUCCUGGCGGUGCCAUUGGUAUGGCUGCAAUUGGUGUCUCGCUAUGGAAAUACGUGAUGCGCUAUGCUCCUCACACCCCAAGCUUCUUUAACCGGGAUCGCUUUGUUCUAUCAAAUGGUCACACUUGCCUUUUCCAAUAUUCUUUCCUGCAUCUUACUGGCUACAAGGCCAUGACCUUUGAACAACUCAAGUCAUACCAUUCGGAUCGUGUUGAUGCGCUGUGCCCUGGACACCCGGAGAUUGAGCAUGAAGGUAUUGAGGUCACGACUGGCCCUUUGGGUCAGGGUAUCGCAAAUGCCGUGGGACUCGCCAUGGCGACCAAGAACCUCGCCGCUACUUAUAAUCGCCCUGGAUUUGAUGUGGUAAACAAUCACACCUGGUGUAUGAUUGGUGAUGCGUGUUUGCAGGAGGGUGUUGGACUCGAGGCAAUCUCGUUGGCUGGACAUUUCCGGUUAAAUAACCUCACCGUCAUUUAUGACAACAACCAGAUUACUUGCGACGGAUCUGUCGAUCUCACCAAUACCGAGGAUGUGAAUGCAAAGAUGCGCGCGAGUGGAUGGGAUGUGAUUGAGGUGUCUGAUGGAUGUUUCGACAUUGAGGGUAUUGUUCGUGCUUUGGAACAAGGUCGAGCAUCGAAGGAGAAGCCUACAUUUAUCAAUAUCAAGACUGUUAUCGGUCUCCACAGCAGUGUGGCUGGAACUGCGGUUGCCCACGGUGCUGCCUUUGGUGCUAAGAGCAUAGUUGACAUGAAGACCGCGUACGGGUUCAACCCGGAAGAGCACUUUGUCAUUGGCGAAUCUGUGCGCCAGUUCUUCCAAGGACUCCCUGAGCGUGGAGAGCAGUGGGUUCAGGAGUGGAACCAGUUGGUGAGCGACUACACUGCCGAGCACCCUGAGUUGGGAGCCAACUUCCAGGCUCGCGUUCGCGGAGAGCUUCCAGCGAAUUGGCAUGAACAUAUUCCAUCCAACUUUCCCGAGAAGCCUACCGCUACACGUGCCGCAUCCGGUUUGGUGUUCAAUCCAAUUGCUAAAAAUGUGAACUCCUUUAUGGUCGGCACUGCAGACCUAUCGCCAUCCGUCAACAUGAUAUGGCCUGGGAAAGUCGAUUUCCAACAUCCCAGCCUUCGUACAACUUGCGGCAUCAAUGGCAACUAUUCUGGUCGCUAUAUUCACUAUGGCGUUCGUGAACAUGCCAUGGCUGCCAUCUCCAACGGCUUGGCUGCUUACUCCCCUAAUACAAUCAUUCCAGUUACCUCGACCUUCUUUAUGUUCUACCUAUACGCUGCUCCCGCCGUUCGAAUCGGUGCGCUACAACAUCUCCAGAUUAUCCACGUCGCCACGCAUGACUCGAUUGGCAUGGGUGAGGAUGGGCCGACCCACCAGCCGAUUGAGCUGGCCAACUUGUAUCGUGCAAUGCCAAAUCUCCUGUACAUCCGCCCGGGUGACAAUGAAGAGACAGCGGGUGCAUGGAUUGCUGCAAUCGGCGCUAAGAACACGCCAACCAUCAUUUCUACCUCUCGCCAGACUCUGCCCCAGAUUGCUCAAACACGUCGGGAUGGCGUGACACUUGGCGCAUAUGUUCUGCUGGAAGCCGAAUCAGCUACUGUGACUCUCAUUGGUGUUGGCGCUGAACUAUCUUUUGCAUUGGAAGUUGCCGAUCAACUGAAGACACAGAAAGGCGUUACUGCACGUGUCGUUAGCUUCCCAUGUCAGCGCCUGUUUGAGAAGCAGUCAUUGAAGUACAAGCGUGACACACUGCAACGACACCGUGGCAUACCAGCUGUUGUAAUUGAGCCUUAUGCCCCCAACGGCUGGGAGCGAUAUGCAGAUGCAGGCAUCUGCGUGACGCGAUUCGGUCACAGUCUUCCGGGCAAGGCGGCGUAUAGGUUCUUUGGAUAUGAGACUGCUACGUUGACUAGCAAGGUGGCUAGCUACUUGGAGAAGCUCCAGGAAGACGAGUUCCUUCGCGGCGAAUUUGUCGAAUUGUGA